CAACGCGCUAACAGGGGCGCGUGGGUUUCAGAUCCUCUCUCGUCGUACCACCAAGGUCCACCAUUAGCAUCUCCACCGUACAAAACGUAUAAGCUCCGAUUAGAUUCACCGAAUCACACAAUCUUCAAAAUCUCUUCCUUCCAUGAUUCCGUUAUCGUAAAGAUUUGUCCUUUAUCCAAAUUUUAGGAUUUUGAAUUCUUCUUCUUUCCGAUUACCGGAUUCCAAUGGCGCCUUUUGUUGAAGUCUGUAGGUAUAAGCCAUUACCGCUUUCAUUGAGCUCUCUCUGUACAUGCCCUUGCCGUUCCUCUCCAAGGAAAUAUCUAAUUCUUCCUCAAUUCUCUGAAAAGUACCCGAAACCAUUGUUGUCUCAUUCUCGCUUUACUCCGAUUUCUGUUAACCGGAGAGUUAUCACGGCCGUUGCUCGAGCUGAAUCAAAUCAAAUUGGUGACGAUGCCAACUCAAAGGAGGAACACAACAUAGAUCAAGAAUUGCAAAAUGUUGAAGAAGAUUCGAGUUUAGAUGAUCAGAAGCAAAAAUCUAGAAGCCAGUUUAAGAAAAGAGUAACUUUCGGUCUAGGAAUUGGAUUGUCUGUAGGAGGUAUUGUAUUAGCUGGAGGAUGGGUAUUCACAGUAGCAGUAGCAGCUGCGGUUCUUCUAAGUGCCCGGGAAUAUUUCGAGCUGGUGAGAAGUAAAGGAAUUGCUCAAGGAAUGACACCUCCUCCACGAUAUCUUUCUAGAGUCUGCUCCAUUAUCUGUGCUCUUAUGCCCAUACUUACAUUGUAUUUUGGUCAUAUAGAUAUCUCGAUAACUUCAGCGGCGUUUGUUGUUGCAAUGGCAUUGUUGUUACAGAGAGGAAACCCGCGUUUUUCUCAGCUGAGUAGUACGAUGUUUGGCCUGUUUUACUGUGGAUAUCUUCCUUGUUUCUGGGUUAAGCUACGUUGUGGUCUUACUGCUCCAGUUCUAAACACCGGAAUUGGGAGAAGCUGGCCUACUAUCCUCGGCGGCCAAGCACAUUGGACAGUUGGACUUGUUGCUAUAUUGAUUUCUUUCUGUGGUAUAAUUGCCUCAGACACGUUUGCUUUUCUUGGUGGCAAGGCAUUUGGUAGAACUCCUCUUAUUAGCAUUAGUCCAAAGAAGACAUGGGAAGGAGCUUUUGCAGGACUUGUUGGUUGUAUUUCCAUUACCAUUUUACUCUCCAAAUCGUUGUCCUGGCCUCAAUCUCUUGUCAGCACCAUAGCUUUUGGAGUUCUUAACUUCUUCGGAUCGGUCUUUGGUGACUUAACUGAGUCAAUGAUCAAACGUGAUGCGGGUGUCAAAGACUCCGGCUCACUCAUCCCUGGACACGGUGGCAUAUUGGACAGAGUUGAUAGUUACAUUUUCACUGGUGCAUUAGCCUACUCGUUCGUAAGACUUCAUGGAGUUUGAUUGUAUUGCUGUAUCCCAAGAAAACAUAUAGCUUCAAGAAGAAACUGACAAAGUUUUCCCCUCGCAAGAGUGAAGUUCAAAGCAACAUAUAGCAAUGAUGGUGAAAUGGCUGCAGAUUUUCUGAGAUUGGUCUGUUCUGUUGUUUGAUUGAACCGGUAUGCAAUUUUUGGUUAAAUGCGAGUAAACUGGUUCGUUAGGCGAAUUCUCGGACCGUUGGUCUGUCUUGCCUGACCGGUAAUGGAACGGCGGCGUUUGGUAAUUGAUUUAGAGAUUCAUUCUUGAUUUACUUUCCAAAAUAAUUUCCUCCUGUUUUCCAGAUAAUGGAUUAAAGGAAAAAGGCCUAAAAUCAUGUGGGGAUGUUAAUGAAAGCGUUGUUCCCAAGCAGACUUUUUAGAGUGCAAUUAUAAAAAAAAUCUGAAAUGAAAAAAGGAAACUAUGUAAAUGAAUAAUCAAAUAUCAAUGAUACUAAUAAAGAGGCGAAAAUUAAGAAAUGAUUGGGAAGAGGAAA